GGAACAAGAGACAUAAAAUUCACACGUUAGGAAUAGAUUCUUUCUUCUUCCCAUGAAUCCCAUCUAUGUUUUUCUUCGGCUUCAACAACUCCGAAGUCCGAAAAACAACAUAUGGUUGGAGAUUGCCCAACCAUGAAAUUCCAUUCUCUCUCUCCAUCAUAUGAAGUGAAGAAAGGAAAAAAAAAACAUUAAAUAUUUUCCAACAAAACCCUAAGUAAACCCUAAUACUGCUCGGUCGUUUCUCCAAAAGUCUCGAAGCAGAAGCACAUGAAUGAAAAACCCACGCCGGUUAUCUUUCGUAGCAGUCGGUUGUCGUCGUAUUUUUCUUCGGUUGCAUUCCCUUUGACAGUUGCAGGGUUCAUUUUAAAGCAUAUACCAACAAAGGCCUAUCUUCUGAGGAAGAAAGCAAAACAAGUUGUUGAAACAUGGGAGAGACAAUUCCAUUGUUCCCCUCGAGAGCAGCGGUUGUCUUUCCUGUAUCUUGCAAAUGAUAUUUUGCAAAAUAGUAGGCGAAAGGGUUCAGAGUUUGUUGGUGAAUUUUGGAAGGUUCUUCCAGAUGCUCUUAGGGAUGUAAUUGAAAGUGGGGAUGAGUUUGGGAGAAAUGCUGCACUGAGACUGAUUGAUAUAUGGGAAGAGAGAAAAGUUUUUGGUUCCCGGGGGCAAAUUCUCAAGGAAGAGCUUGUGGGAAGGAACUUGGAAAACAACAAUAGAAGUGGGAAAAGUUCAGCCUUCAAACUGAAACAGUCCAUUGAUGAUACACUGGAAAAAAUAAUUUCGAGUUAUGAAGUUGUUUAUGAUGGCUCUGUGGAUGAAGAAGCUCUGUUCAGCAAAUGCAGGACUGCUAUUAGUAGUGUUGAGAAAGCAGAGAAGGAAUUUGGCAGCAAUUAUUGCUCGGGGCAACUCGAUGGAUCUGGGUUCAUAGAAGAGUUUCAGGGACAGCAUGGUAUUCUGAGAGAAUGUAUUGAACAACUGAGAGUGGCUGAAUCAUCAAGAGCAAAUCUUGUAUCUCAUUUAAGGGAGGCUCUUAAGGAGCAGGAAUUCAAGCUGGAUCAAGUGCGUAAUCAACUUAAGGUUGUUCAGUCUCGAUGUGACCAGGCGGGCAACAUCUGCCAACGAAUACUAAAUGCUGAUGGUAGGCAGUUGCUAGCUGAGCAAAGGAUUAAGGAAACAAACACCUCUGAGGCACCUCCAAGUUUCAUUCCAGAAAAUGCAGCGUCUUGUGGGGAUAAAGAACAAUCUGCACCUGUCAUGUAUGCACAACAGGGAUCUUUCCCUGAAAAGCCUGCGCACAUCGAAGAAGACCCCCGUAAGUCUGCGGCAGCAGCUGUGGCAGCAAAACUUGCUGCUUCAACUUCAUCAGCUCAGAUGCUCAGUUUCGUGCUUUCCUCUCUGGCAUCAGAGGGUGUAAUUAGCAACCCACUAAGUGAAUCUUCCAGUGAUUAUCCUCCAGAAAAGAGACCUAAACUUGAGAGUGGUGCAUCUUCUUAUGGAGCACCUCAACAUGCUCAACCACCGCUCCCACCUUUUCCACAUCCUGAGUCUCUCCAAAACAUGGUUGCUGUUACCUCCCAGCCAUCAACUCCCCAUCAACAGCUUCCUUCGUCGUCAUCUCCAAUCUCACAUCCAGGUCCUUCCAUGCAGCAGCCUCCACUACCACCAUUACCACCUUUGCCUCCACCUCCAGCUGCUCAAUUCAUGCAGACAGUUGGAUCCAUGACAAGUGUACAAUACAGCUAUGGUACAGCCCCGCAAAGGCCACCAUCUAUGCCUGGCUAUGCAAUGGUAGGGGUACCUGUUACAGGUGGGCUUUCCCACCCAUCUCAUUCUUACCAAAAUUUUCAGGUAUCAGAAGGUGGAUUCUAUAGCCAGCCGCCCUUGCAAUCGACAACGCCAUCCAUUUCACGUCCAUAGAUGCCGAGGUCUUCAGGGGUAUCUGGCGGAAAUUCAUGUCAGACAUGGUUUGUCUUUUUACUGAGGAACGGUGUUGAUUCUAAUCUGGUAGUUGGGGAUUGGGAGUUCUUAUAACACUAGUACAUAUUUGUAUAUUAACUUAUAUCUUCAACCAUCUUCACCUUUAUAAAGUUUAUUUCUUUGUGGGUA